AUGAAUCCUUUCCUGAUUCUCGCCUUUGUGGGAGCUGCUGUUGCUUUCCCCAUUGAUGACGAUGACAAGAUCGUUGGGGGCUACACCUGUGAGAGGAAUUCUGUCCCGUAUCAGGUGUCCCUGAACUCUGGCUACCACUUCUGCGGAGGUUCCCUCAUCGAAAGUCAGUGGGUGGUGUCUGCUGCUCACUGCUACAAGUCCCGCAUCGAGGUGAGACUGGGAGAGCACAACAUCGACGUCCUCGAGGGGGGUGAGCAGUUCAUCGAAUCGUCCAAGGUCAUCCGCCACCCCAGCUACAGCAGCUCAACCCUGAACAAUGACAUCAUGCUGAUCAAGCUCUCCUCAGCUGCCGCCCUCAACAGCCGGGUGUCCACUGUGUCUCUGCCCUCCUCCUGUGCAUCUGCUGGCACCGUCUGCCUCAUCUCCGGCUGGGGCAACACCCUGAGCUCUGGCACCAACUACCCAGAGCAGCUGCAGUGCCUGGAUGCUCCCCUGUUAAGUGACAGCCAGUGUAAAUCCUCUUACCCUGGAGAGAUCACCAGUAACAUGGUCUGCGCUGGCUUCCUUGAGGGUGGCAAGGAUUCCUGCCAGGGUGACUCUGGUGGUCCUGUGGUCUGCAAUGGAAAGCUCCAGGGAAUCGUCUCCUGGGGCUAUGGCUGUGCCCAAAAGAACAAGCCUGGAGUCUACACCAAAGUCUGCAACUACGUGAGCUGGAUUAAGGAGACCAUUUCUGCCAAUAGCUAAAAGCCCCCCUAAGUCCCACUGACAUGA